AUGGACCGCCGCCUUCACGAGGCAGUCCUUAAGGGCGACGUCGCCGCCUUCCAAAAACUCAUCGCCGACGACGAAAAUCUGAUCAACCAAACAGUCCCCGGAAAAUCAAACACCAUCCUCCACUUAGCUGCUCGGUUUGGGCACAGAGAAUUGGCGUCGGAGAUCGUGAAAUUAUGGCCGGAAAUGGUGUCGGCUGCGGACGGAGAGUUGGAGACACCGUUGCAUGAGGCAUGCAGAGAAGGGCAAGUGACGAUAAUGAACAUGUUGCUGGAGACAAACCCUUGGGUUGCUUACAAAGUGAAUCGUAGGGAUGAGAGUGUGCUCUUUGUGGCUUGUGAGAGAGGGAGGCUUGAAGUGGUGAAGGAGCUUUUGAGGUUUCAAUGGCUGCUUACGAUGGAAAUGGAUUUGGCCACUACUUCACUCCAUGUUGCAGCUACUGCAGGCCAUACAGAGAUAGUGAAGGAAAUUGUGAAGGCACGACCAGAUUUUGCAUGGAAAAAGAACUCACAUGGACACACACCAUUGCACCUAGCAUGCAGCAAAGGUCACCUGGAGAUAACGAGGGAGCUUCUGAGGUUGGACACUGACCUCUCUUCCUUACAAGACGAUGGAGGAAAGACACCCCUCCAUUGCGCAGCCAUUAAAGGGCGAGUCAACAUCAUCGACGAGAUACUCUCUGUGAGCCUUGAAUCUGCAGAGAUGAUAACGAAUAGUGGAGAAACUGUUCUUCAUAUGGCUGUGAAACACAAUCAGUUUGAUGCAGUGAAGUACCUAACGGAGACGCUUAACGUCACGAAGAUCAUGAACAUGCCAGACAACGAUGGCAAUACUAUCUUGCACAUUGCAACUGCUGGAAAACUCACGACUAUGGUCACCUACCUAAUCAAGCUCGGUGUUGAUGUGAAUGCCCUAAACCGCAAGGGAUACACAGCCCUAGAUGUAGUCGAAUCCGAUGCUAGCAACUCCGGUGCUCUUGCCAUUGUUCCAGCAUUACAAGACGCUGGUGGAAUGAGAUGUGAGCAAUUGCCUCCUAGAUCACUAGACAUCCAACAGAUCAGCCAACCCAACUCUGGAAACAUACCGGUCACAAGGCCGGUGAAGAAUUCAGAAUCUCCGGCCCGUCACGGCCACCAUCGCCGUCAGACUCACCGGAGAUCAAAGCAGAUCGAGCUCCAAAACGAGGGCCUAAGAAAUGCUCGAAACACCAUAACAGUCGUGGCAGUUUUGAUCGCAACAGUCACAUUUUCUGCUGGGAUAAACCCUCCUGGUGGGUUUGAUCAAGAAAGUGGAAAGGCCAAAAGGGCUAAGCAAACUGCUUUUAAAGUCUUCAUGGUCUGCAACAUAAUGGCGCUGUUUUUAUCCCUUGGAAUUGUUAAUGUUCUUGUCAGCAUUAUACCCUUCAAGAGAAAGUCCAUGAUGGAACUGUUGGUGGUGACUCAUAAGGUCAUGUGGGUGUCUACAUUGUUCAUGGCCUCGGCUUACAUCGCGGCAACAUGGACGAUUAUGCCGGAGACGAAGGGGACUAGGUGGGUGACGGUGGAGCUGGUGGUUGUAGGUGGAGGAUGCACAGUGACUGUGUGUUUGGGUUUGGGGGUGUUGCUGGCAAAGCACUGGUGUAGGAAAAGGGAGUGGAGGAGGAGGAGAGAGAAAAAGAAUAAGAAUGGAAGCCCUAACAGCAGUAUCAGUAGGGUUGAUGAGAUGCGGUCCAUUAGAAAAGGCAGUGGUGAUUGUAGUAGUAAUUCAGAUGUUGAAAGCUCUGAUCAUGGUUAUCAUGUGUAUUAGAUGAAGAGGGACCAGGGAUGCAGAUAGGUUCAUAUGGAUGGAAAUUUGAGUGUCUAUUGCCUCGCCAAUUGUUCAGAGUUUAGUAUAUGAAGGGAGAAAUGUCUUACUUUCUUGUUAACUAGUCUCCAAAAUUAUGUAUCCUUUUUAAAUUAAUAAGAUUAUCUCAUCAUUUCUUUUC